AUGCUCAGAGCUGCAUCAUUGGCCUUUAAGGGUCUUCAUCGCUCCUUGGUGCCCCUCUCAGCAAGAAUGAGCAGCAAUAGGGCAGACAGGAGCCGUGCCCUGGCUGAGAAAGUGGCUGUGAUCACUGGGUCCACAAAGGGGAUUGGCUUCACCACUGCCCGCCGCCUGGCCCAGGACGGGGCCCAUGUGGUCAUCAGCAGCCGGAAGCAGCAGUAUGUGGAAUGGGCAGUGGCCGCGCUGCAGGGGGAGGGGCUGAGCGUGUCGGGCACCGUGUGCCACGUGGGGAAGGCCGAGGGCUGGGAACGGCUUGUGGCUACAGCCCUGGAGCAUUGUGGGGGCGUCUACUUCCUGGUGUGCAUGGCAGGGGUCAACCCUUUGGUGGACAGCACUCUGGGGGCCAGUGAGCAGGUGUGGGACAAGAUCCUGGACGUGAAUGUGAAGUCCCCGGCUCUGCUGCUGAGCCAGCUGCUGCCCCACAUGGAGAACAGGGGGACAGGCGCCGUGGUUCUGGUCUCAUCUAUGGUGGCCUGUGUGCCAAUGCCAAAGCUGGGAGUCUACAACACCAGCAAAACGGCACUGUUGGGUCUCUGUAAGUCUCUGGCUGUGGAGCUGGCACCAAAAGGCAUCCGAGUGAACCGUUUGGUGCCAGGAAUAAUCAAGACUGACUUUAUCCAAGUGGUGAGGAUCACGGAGAAAACAUUGCCAUACUUGCUACCUGACUUCAAUGACAUCAAUGGAUUGCAGUGGUAG